ACUGCUCGCAACCCGAACCAUCAUGUCGAUCAACCUUUGACGAUCGUGAAGCCAAACGGACCUUCCCCGCCGAGUUUCCUGACAUCUCUGGCAGUCCGGUGCGAUAAUGUAACACGAGCUUCUCCGUACCCAUACGCUGUUCAAGGCAGGUGUUCGUGCCGUCGUUCUCCCACUGUCCUCUCACUGCUACUGAUUUCACUAUGGCGGAUCAGAAUGCUCGACAAAGAAAGAGCAAGGCUAGCGAUAGCAAUGGAGGCGUUGGCAAGAUGAGCAAUGAAGCGAAAUACGUCAAGGAGCAAUUCAGUGUGCUGGACGCGCUGCGCAUCAUCGGUGGUCUGGUCGUUCUAAACUGCUUGCUUAGCUACUUCAUCACCGGCGACAGCGUGCUAUGGGGCUGGCGGCCAUGGUUCACAAGACCGACUGUGGUAAUGCGUUACUUUCAAGGACCGGUCUACCUGACCGACACCGAGCUCAAAGUCUACGAUGGCAGAGACCCGAAGAAGCCCAUCUACCUGGCCCUAAACGGCACCAUCUACGACGUGACCGCGGGCCGCCGUCUCUACGGACCGGGCGGCAGCUACAACGUUUUCGCCGGCAUAGAUGCCACCCGCGGGUUCAUCACCGGCUGCUUCGUCGAAGACAGAACGCCUGACCUGCGCGGAGCGGAAUGGACAUACGUGCCCGCGGAUGUUCCUGGCUUUGAGGUGGAGGGCGUGACAGCCGCGCAGAAGAGCUACCGUGAGCUCGAGCUGCGGAAGGCGAGGCGACAAGUGCAGAUGACGAUUGAGGGGUGGGGAAAGAUGUUCCAGGGUGGAGGCGGGAAGGACUACUUCGAGGUUGGGAAGGUGAAGAGGGAGGAGGGGUGGUUGGAGAAGCUGCCGAGACGAAAGUUGUGCGAGCAGGCGCAGAAGCAGAGACCGAAGCCUAAGAGUGCGGCGAACGACCCAGGUGCUGCGUACAGAGCGAGAGGCUGAUAUUCGGUACAUAAUCAAGCUUGUACGAUCCGGGAGGUUUGCUCGAUUGGAUUGCCUUCAUCAUGUCUCUCGUCACCUUUCAGGUGGCAUGUAGUGCCUCAUGUUUGCACUCAAGGCAAGGCAGUCGCUAUUUCCUAUUGUAACCGUUGCGUUGCCG